UGCCGGAUCCUUCGGGGACUGCGGGGUCGGGGGCGGCGGCGUCAAGAUGGCGGCGGCGGCGGUGGCGGCAGCAGCAGCGGCGGCUGCGGCUGCAUCUCUGCAGGUGCUAGAGAUGGAGAGCAUGGAGACGGCCGCCGCCGGCUCGGCGGGGCUGGCCGCCGAAGUCAGAGGCAGCGGCACGGUGGACUUCGGGCCUGGUCCUGGCUUGUCUGCAAUGGAGGCGAGCGGGGGCGACCCGGGCCCGGAGGCCGAGGAUUUCGAGUGCAGCUCUCACUGCUCGGAGCUGUCAUGGAGGCAGAACGAGCAGCGGCGCCAGGGCCUCUUCUGCGACAUUACCUUGUGCUUCGGCGGUGCGGGAGGCCGCGAGUUCCGGGCCCAUCGCUCGGUGCUGGCCGCCGCCACCGAGUACUUCACGCCCCUGCUCUCGGGCCAGUUCUCCGAGUCCCGCUCGGGCCGGGUGGAGAUGCGCAAGUGGAGCUCCGAGCCCGGGCCCGAACCCGACACGGUGGAAGCUGUUAUCGAGUACAUGUACACCGGGCGCAUCCGCGUCAGCACGGGCAGUGUGCACGAGGUGCUGGAGUUAGCCGACAGGUUCCUAUUAAUUCGUUUAAAAGAAUUUUGUGGAGAAUUUCUCAAGAAAAAACUUCAUCUGUCUAAUUGUGUGGCCAUUCAUAGUUUAGCUCACAUGUAUACUCUAAGCCAACUUGCUCUGAAAGCUGCGGAUAUGAUACGGAGAAACUUCCACAAAGUAAUUCAGGAUGAGGAAUUUUAUACUUUACCGUUCCACCUCAUUCGAGACUGGCUGUCAGACUUGGAGAUUACAGUUGAUUCUGAAGAGGUUCUAUUUGAAACCGUUUUGAAAUGGGUUCAGAGAAAUGCUGAAGAGAGAGAGAGAUACUUUGAAGAACUUUUUAAAUUGCUCAGAUUGUCCCAGAUGAAACCUACUUACCUUACUCGUCAUGUCAAACCAGAGAGGCUGGUGGCCAAUAAUGAAGUUUGUGUCAAGUUAGUGGCCGACGCAGUGGAGAGGCAUGCUCUUAGAGCCGAGAAUAUACAGUCUGGCACGUUCCAGCAUCCUGCUUCUCAUGUCUCAUUAUUACCUCGCUAUGGGCAAAACAUGGACGUGAUCAUGGUUAUUGGAGGCGUGUCAGAAGGAGGGGACUAUUUAAGUGAAUGUGUGGGAUAUUUUGUCGAUGAGGACAGAUGGGUAAACCUACCCCAUAUUCAUAAUCACCUUGAUGGACAUGCUGUUGCAGUAACAGAAUCCUACGUGUAUGUUGCUGGGUCGAUGGAACCAGGGUUUGCUAAAACUGUGGAAAGGUAUAACCCAAACUUGAAUACCUGGGAACACGUUUGUAGUCUGAUGACAAGGAAGCAUUCUUUUGGACUAACAGAAGUCAAAGGGAAGCUAUACAGCAUUGGAGGACAUGGCAACUUCAGUCCUGGUUUUAAAGAUGUGACUGUUUAUAAUCCCGAGCUUGAUAAAUGGCACAACUUGGAAUCAGCACCAAAGAUUCUUCGAGAUGUUAAAGCACUAGCCAUUGAAGACCGGUUUGUGUACAUCGCUGCCCGCACUCCUGUGGACCGGGACACUGAAGAUGGAUUAAAGGCUGUCAUCACUUGUUAUGAUACGGAGACUCGACAGUGGCAAGAUGUGGAAUCUUUGCCACUUAUUGACAAUUACUGCUUUUUCCAAAUGUCUGUGGUCAAUUCAAACUUUUAUCAGACAGCCUCAUGCUGUCCCAAGAGUUAUUCUUUAGAAAAUGAAGAGGCAGUAAGAAAAAUUGCCAGCCAAGUUUCCGAUGAGAUCCUUGAAAGCUUACCUCCAGAAGUCCUAAGCAUCGAAGGAGCGGCCAUUUGCUAUUACAAAGAUGACGUUUUCAUUAUUGGAGGCUGGAAAAACAGUGACGAUAUUGACAAACAGUAUCGGAAAGAAGCUUACCGAUAUUGUGCCGAGAGAAAGAGGUGGAUGCUUCUUCCUCCCAUGCCACAGCCUCGUUGUAGAGCCACUGCCUGCCAUGUGAGAAUCCCAUACCGGUACUUGCAUGGCACUCAGAGAUAUCCUAUGCCUCAAAACUUAAUGUGGCAGAAGGACCGGAUCAGACAGAUGCAAGAAAUACAUCGACACGCCCUAAACAUGCGACGAGUGCCAAGCUCUCAGAUAGAAUGCUAGGUUCUCUGAUAUGUGCAGCUCAAAACCGUUAUACCUGUUCAUGAGGCUGAAGAUACCCAGACUGUUACUUGAAAAAGUAUGUCAAUAACUUAUUUUCUACAUGAACUGAUUAUCGCCCCAUAUAAAGGAGAUAUAGUCAAAAACUGAAGAAUGGGAAGAUCAAUUCAAUACAUGGUAAUUUUUGUUAGUUUGCAGUCUUUAUCCAUCUUUGGUUUGCGUGUGUAUUAGCUGAAUAAGAUCUUACUAAAGAUAAGUGGAAAAACCAGGUGUAGUUACUUGACUGUUUGUCUGCCAGCAAGUUUUAACUCCUUUGUCUUAGGGUCUUAUGUUUUGAACAUGCUUUAAGCACCAGUUAUAUUUGCACAUUUACUUUGAUAAUCUUUUUCAUUUUUUUCCCGAAUGGUUGGUUUUGACAAGAUCAGAAUUUAUGCAUUGAGCCGUCAUCUACAGGAGGUAUGUGCAAUAGUGAGAUUGAAAUUUGAAGGGAAAAGCACAGUAUUUCAGCAAGGUGAUUUCAGAAUGUUUGCAUUGAUACUUUUUUAUAUUUGUUUAUCUACAAAUGCUGUCUUGUUUAUUUCUAGAAGAGAUGAUUGAUAAGAACUUUGUGAUUGGCUCAUGCAUUUUUUGAGUAUUUUUCAUUUCUUUAGCAACUGUGUUAUAAACUUCAAGUCAUCGCUCUGAGACAGUGGUAGUUGGCAAGAGUACUGAUCUUUAGCUGACUGAUUGAAUACAGAGGAAGUCAUAUCUGUGAGAUUUAUUUCUCUAAGAAGAAAAGUAUUAUUAGUCUAGAGUAAGAAAUCAAAGGCACCGAAAAAUUUAAAAACGCUUUUUUCGGGAGUUGCAGGCUUAUUUGAAGAUAAAUUAAUGAGUGUAAAUAAUGCCAAUGACAAUCGACACAAUGCCUUCAGUUUUAACUUUUGCUCUGAUGCAUAUUGUAUGGAAUCCUUACCAUUCCUUUCUAGAAGAAACUUUCUUCAAAAUGGGAAGGAAGUAACAAUUUAGAGAAAUGUUGCUAAAGAGAAGCCUUAUUAUUUCUCAGCCUGGAUUAUUACAAUGUUUUAUCCAGUUGCCCUAGACUUUCAUUGGAACUUUGCCUGAGCCUAGAAUACUACAUUUGGGCGCAUAAUUAUGGCUCUUAAAAAUUUAUCACUUUGGUUAUCUUUUAUUUAUUUUUAUGCAUUCUUCUGAUAUUCUUAUCUGCGCCCAGGCUUUAUGCAAAUUAGCACUUAGGUUGACUUUUAGCACUCAGUUAACAUAAGGGACUCCUGCUCUAACGGUUUGAAGUGUGGGUCCAGUAUACUUUUCUUGUUUCUUUCAGAAUGUCUCUACCUUCUUAGACAUUCUGGAAUACCAUUCUAGAAGGUGAAUUCCAAGUACAGUGAUUUUUUUUUCCCCCUAGUCCAUUAUAGUUAAUCUUAUUAGUUGGAUCAAACAUCAAAAGGAAAAAAAGCACAACCAGGAAUUUUGGCUCUCAGUGUGCUGUGAGACUAUUAAUGUUUAGCCCUUGGACUCUAUACUAAGAGCUUAACUGAAAUUUCUGAAUCGGUAUCCCUGCCUAGGACAAAGUUUUUCAAUAAUGUGUUGGAAAUCUGCUUUAAAACCAUUUAAUUUAGGCCGGGGUAGGGAUGGGAGACUGCAAGUCUAUUUCUUUUUUUUUUUUUUUUUUUUUUUUUUGCGAUACGCGGGCCUCUCACUGUUGUGGCCUCCCCCACUGCAGAGCACAGACUCCAGACGCGCAGGCCCAGCGGCCAUGGCUCACGGGCACAGCUGCUCCGCGGCAUGUGGGACCUUCCCGGACCGGGGCACGAACCCGUGUCCCCUGCGUCGGCAGGCGGACUCUCAACCACUGCGCCACCAGGGAAGCCCUGCAAGUCUAUUUCUAUAUGAGGAUAUAUUAUCCUACCCCACCUCUACUGUUUUCUUAAUUUCCAUUUAUUUGUAGUUAUUUUAAUAAAAGCUAUUUGGAUUCUGAGAAGUGCUAAGUAGUUGUGAGAGGUCUAUGCAAGUAAGACAGGAAAGCUCACUGAAUGAAGUUCUCAUUUCUCUCUGAUAGACUGUGCUAGCAAACUGCCUUUUCUUGGUGCUGUUGAAAUAAUUUAGUAGCUCACUAAGGUGCCAGUUUCUCUCCAGAAGGGUGUAAGGUUUUUGAUUGCCUUUUUUUUUUUUGUCUCAGAGUUGUCUUCUGAGACAGUCAUUACCAAGUUAUUUGUAGGGUUAUCUUUUUUUCACAUGAUGUGGCGGAAGUCAUAACUCAUAAGAUUUAGGUAGAAUCUGGUUUUGAAAACGUGAUUGAAACUGUUGUUUUUUAACUCGGCAGGCAGCCGAGGCCAUGGCUGGAAAGAGAGGGUAAGUCCUUCCUUCCUUGCAUGACGAUGUGUGCAGGGUUCCUGACUACUGGAUUCCUAAUUUUCAUCUUUGAAUUCACAUGUGUGAUUUCACAUCAGUAACUUGUGUUUCUGAAAUAUCCUAACUAACUUGUUAAUAAGGAAAGAAACCAGAUUUGCUUAAAUCUGUUCAAGGCUGACAUUCUGAAAUUCUAAACUGGAAGUAACUUCCUGCAGUAUUUGGAAAGGUUCUGAUUAUGAUGACCAGCCUAAAGUGGCUCUUUGGGAAAGAAAUUUCCUUUUUGAUGAAACCUUAAAGAUUGUGUUUGAUAACUUAAGAAGUUAAAAAUGCAGCUUUAAAAAGACAGCUUAAUAUGUAUUCAAGCAAACCUUUUUUGCUUUUGUUUUUGUUUUGUAGAAGGAAAAGAGAGGAAUUGAUUAUACCAAAAAGUAAUACCUAUAUGAGUGAGGCUGCUUGUAUCUUAGAAUGGAUAUCCUUUAACUAUACCUACCCCACCACGGUUUAAAAAAAAAAAAAUCAGUGUAUAUAUUGAGAAUGUCAGUCAUGAGCUUAGUGUUUAAGUAAUACAUCUCACUUGCAGUUGUUUGCAUGAUUAGUCUUGUGUAUCUUGAUACCCAACUUUGCUUUUGCUGUGCCAAUUCAAAACUACUUUGCUAAAAAAAAAAAAAAAAAACCCUCAAAAUUCAUUGACAUCAGUUUUGUCUUGAUUACUUGAUUUUGUAUUGUAUUUCUGGGACAAAAAAAAUUUUGAAAUCUUUUUUUAUGUAGGACAGAAGUUUGAAGAGAUAGAAAGAUAGUGUUUAUGGCAGAUUUCUGUUCUUCUGUAUAUUAAACUCCUCAGGCUGCUGGUAAGGCAGUUUCUAGGGCACACUUUUUUUCCUCUUUAUGUUUCUUGCUAGUGUAGACGUGGUAUGUGUAAAUACUUCAUUCUCUGCUUCAUAAUUCUAAUAUGAACACUAUACUAUUGGUAGACACAUAAGCUGAAUUGUAUAUUUUAGUUACUUGGCCUAAUCGAGCAUAACCAAAGGGAGGUUUUUUUUGUGCUUGCCUCAAACUAAGUGUAUCGGCCACAUUUCACGUCUUUUCCAAAUAUGUAGAAUUGUCAAGCAAGUUCUCUGCCUACACUAGAAACAUAGGGUGUGUAUAGGUUGUCAUUUAAGUGUAGAAUAUUUGGAGAAACAGUUCAGUCUCUCCUUUUUUAAACUGUUAAACAUUCUGUCACAGUUCAUCACUCCAGUUUGUUACUUUCUUGAGAAUAGUCCAUUUUUGUUUUUGUUAUAAUGCUUACUAUUAUAAUAUGUUUUGGUCAUUGGAAACAAAACAGCUCAUAGUCGUGAUGUAAUACAAUAACAAUAACAGAAUCGUCAUUUUGCUUCAAGGAAUUUAAUUAGAUAGCAAAUAACCACUCUUUGUUGAUUACCUUUGUAGGGCUUUUGUCUUACUCUCCAUGACCAUUACUGGAAAUGUCUGACAGUGAAGCACAUACAGUAGGGCACUUGUUAACUUAAUCCUCCUGCAUAAUGCACUCCUGAAAAGUAGUGCUUGCUACAUGGUCGAAGAUCUUAUGAUCCAUGUGCUGGGGCUCUUUGAGUUAUUUGUAAAAUAAAUAUUUAGUUCCAGUUGAUACAGUGAGUUUUCUGGGCUGACAGUAUCAAGCCCCUAUCUACUGCAAGUAUAAUCUUGACUGCCCCCCCUUAAGUCAGAGGAGAUAUAGAAUUUAGGACGCUUUGAGACAUUACAUUGUAAAAUAGCUCGUUUUAUGUUCCCAAGCUAUCUUGUUCUGUGUUAUAGCUACUAAUCAUCUCAAUGUAAGUUUUAAAUAAAUGUAUUUCUUUAGA